CUAGACGGCUUGCCCGAUUUCAAUGAAAUUUUCAGGGGUGAUUGGGGUCUGUUUGGAGGGUGCACAUAAGAAAUUUAAUGUGUGUAUCAUUGCGCGUUUUGCAAAAAAAAAAUAAAAUAAAAUGAUACAUCCCGCCUAUACAAAUUCUCAUGAAAUAAUGUUUUGCCGCAAGAUUGGUAGUCCUGUCAAAUGCCUUUUAAUUCCUUUCUAAUAAACAGAAACAACUGGCGGAUGUUUACAACUAAUAAAAAACAAUGACAUCGCAUGUUGAUCGUAUUUGCCUUUUUGUUCUUUCUAUUGACAUAUUUUAAAAUUGUGUGUAUUUUUCUCUGAUUUCAACGUGAUUAACAUUCUGCGUACAACACAAAGCAAGUGAGUAUUGUUGUUGUUUCGUAUGUGAUGCCAUGCGGUUCGAUUGUCGCUUGAAAAUGCGCGGUGUGUGUAAAAAAAAAAGUGUUUCAACAUUGUGUGUUUUUUCCAGAUUUAAUUCCAUCGAUUUGCUGCAUUUAUUCGAACCGAUUUUGUGUGCAACACACACAAAGCAAGUGAGUAUUGUUAUUGUUUCGUUAGUGCUUCCAUGCGGUUUGCAAAUACACUGUUGGUGGGUCUUAUUGCAUUGCGUGUGUAGUUUAAGAUGUAGUUUUAGGUUAAUUUUUACAUUUUUAUUUAUGUACUUCAAAUAUGCAUACUCUAGAAAAUGCCUCGACUGCGCCAACGUAAUACGGUUGGCAGGCAUACGAGUGAUUCACGUCGAAUGUCAAUAUUAAGAAGAAAUCACAGCGAAGAGCAACGCGCUCAAGUGAAUGCCCGAGGUAGAGCGGUGUACAGAGAGCGGCGUGCACAGAUUAGAGCUGAAUUCGCCGACAAUCAACGGCCAAAUUACCGUCAAGGCCGAGUUCCGGUCCGCCUUCGCGAUCAAAUGGAACAUGUUGGCUUUCACCACGAUCCUGACUGCGACUACAGCCUGCAUGGUGCCCUCGGAGCAAUGGAUAUUAUUUGUACGCAUUGCAAUGCAGCGAAAUUUCGAGGAGAAACAGCUGGCAUGUGCUGCUUCAGUGGCAAAGUGAAACUGCCUGCAUUGGAACCGCCACCAGAACCAUUACAUUCCUUGCUCACUGGAGAAUCGCCGACGUCUAAGCAUUUCUUGCAGAACAUACAAGCGUACAAUUCAUGCUUUCAAAUGACUUCUUUUGGUGCCACAAAGAUCAUUAGAGAUCCAUUUAUGCCGACGUUCAAGAUUCAGGGACAAAUAUACCAUCGAGCAGGCUCGCUCAUACCAUUUGUCGAUGCCGACUAUCAAUUUUUGCAAAUAUAUUUCAUCGGUAAUGAAACUGACCAACUAAAUCAACAAUGUAAAAUUGCGACCGGCACAAGGCGAGAAAUCGUACUAAAUUUGCAAAGAUUUCUCAAUGAGCACAAUGAAUUGAUUCGAUUGUUCAAAAUCGCAUUGGACCGCAAGCCGUCUGAUAACCAUCGAAUCGUCAUCAUAGCAGACAAAAUGCCGAUGGGGCAGCAUGCCAGACGAUUCAACGCACCAACAAUCGAUGAGGUGGCAAUCGUCAUUGUUGGCGAACAGUUUGAAUCGCGAGAUAUUGUACUGCACCGUAGAAACGAACAACUUCAGCGUGUUUCCGAGCUACACCGUAGUUAUGAUGCAUUACAAUAUCCGAUAUUAUUGUGGAGAGGUGAUGACGGCUAUCACAUCAAUAUGCGAUUGAUAAAUCCAACUACUGGUAAAAAAGUACAAUUUCUGAGAAGAAAUGCUACUUACGAUUCAAUAUUUUGUGUAUUGUUCAUUUAUAGGCCAAGAAACACCGAAAAAACUCAGUGCGAUGAACUUCUAUUCGUACAGAAUAAUGAUUCGUCCGCAAGAAGAUAACUACA